GAAGGGGCGGAGUCUUCCGCUGUGGCGGGAAAAUACACUCCUGUAUAGCGCUGGGAGGCCGUACCUGCUGCCGUCCGGCCCUCGCCGCAGCGCCAGCGGCCAGAACUAUGCCAGCCGCCGGCUCCGAGCCGCCACGCCCGCCGUCGCCGCCCGCCGCGCAGGAGCAGGGCGCCGAGCCGCGGCCGCGGCCGCCGCACGGGGAGCUGCAGUACCUGGGGCAGAUCGAGCACAUCCUCCGCUGCGGUUUCCGGAAGGAUGACCGCACCGGCACCGGCACCCUGUCGGUGUUCGGGAUGCAGGCGCGGUACAACCUGAGAGAUGAAUUUCCUCUGCUGACAACCAAACGUGUUUUCUGGAAAGGUGUUUUGGAGGAGUUGCUGUGGUUUAUCAAGGGAUCCACCAACGCUAAGGAACUGUCUUCCAAGGGAGUGAAAAUUUGGGAUGCCAACGGGUCUCGAGACUUCCUUGACAGCCUGGGCUUCUCCAACAGAGCUGAAGGGGAUUUAGGCCCAGUUUAUGGCUUCCAGUGGAGGCAUUUUGGGGCUGAAUACAAAGAUAUGGAUUCAGAUUAUUCAGGUCAAGGAGUAGAUCAACUGCAAAAAGUGAUCGACACAAUCAAAACCAACCCUAACGACAGAAGAAUCAUCCUGUGUGCUUGGAAUCCAAAAGAUCUCCCUCUCAUGGCCCUCCCCCCGUGCCACGCCCUCUGUCAGUUUUACGUGGUGAAUGGGGAGCUGUCCUGCCAGUUGUACCAACGGUCAGGAGACAUGGGCCUGGGUGUGCCCUUCAACAUCGCCAGCUAUGCCCUGCUCACCUACAUGAUCGCACACAUCACGGACCUGAAGCCAGGUGACUUUGUACACACUCUGGGAGAUGCACACGUUUACCUGAAUCACAUCGAGCCGCUGAAAACUCAGCUUCAGCGAGAACCAAGGCCUUUCCCCAAGCUCAAAAUCCUUCGAAAAGUUGAGAAAAUUGAUGACUUCAAGGCUGAAGACUUUCAGAUUGAAGGCUACAAUCCUCACCCGACUAUUAAAAUGGAAAUGGCUGUCUAGAGUGCUUUUAAAGGUGUUGUUUGGAUCGAUGACGACACCCUCUCAUGCAUUCCUUGGAAAUCUGAACAAAAUGAGUGAGAACUCACUACCGUCUCCUCAUCAAAACUGAGGUCCAGCAUGUUGCCAAAAAAAAAAAAAAAUAAAGGCGUUGUUUGAAGGAUAUUUACACCUAGGUAAAAGUUCAGUUGGCUCCAAAUGCGAAGGAUCUAGGUCAAAGCCUGUUAGUGAUCUACUGGUUUUUAUCCAUUAACUUUUAAGAAUGUUGCCACUGGCAACUAAGAGCUGUGCUGUUCUCAUAGUAAUAAAAGGUCUUGGGUUUGGGUGACUCACUGAGGGUGUCUGUACAUGUAGUGAUUUUGAAUAGACAGGAAAGAUAAUUUAUAUAAAUUCAAGUUUCAUACUGUUUUAGGAAAAUGGUCAGUGCAUUUCAAGAAUUAUAUAGAACUAUUUCCCCAAAUCUGAGCAAGCUGGGUAACACCCAUCAGUCAUGUUAAUGCUUAGUGUGGUUAUGAAUGUUUAAAGUUUUAUUUUGCUACAAUAAAUGUUCUGCAUUCAUGUUUUUUAAAACUCUA